AACGCACGGAAUCUCGACUGGAGGCGGCAGCCACAGAUCAGGCGAGCCCGUCCCGUCUGUGCGUCCGUCUGAAUGCGCCAUGGAACCUGAGCCUGUGGAAGAAUGUGUCCAGAGCACACUGGCUGCCUUGUACCCUCCUUUCGAAGCCACGGCUCCCACCCUUCUGAGUCAGGUCUUCGAAGUGCUGGAGAGGACGUACCAACACGAUGCACUGCGCUACACCCUUGACUUCCUUGUUCCUGCCAAGCACAUCUUGGCUCGCAUCCAGAGUGAAGCCUGUGCUCAGUAUAGUGGCUUCGUCUUUUGCCAUGAAGGUUGGCCCCUGUGCCUUCAUGAAAAAGUCCUUGUCCAGCUGGGCUCUUUGCCGUGGCAACACUUGAGCCCCGGGGAUUUCUACUUGCAAGUGGUGCCUCACCGGGAAUGUGCUCCCCGCCUAGUCCUGAAAUGCCUCUCGCUGGAGAGCCGUGGAGUGCAGGAAUUGCCUGUGUCUCCUGACUCCUAUCGAUUUCUGUUCACUAUUGAAUGGCUUAAUGGCAUCAACAAAGAACGUAGAGUAGGGCGCCUGGAACGCUGCUUGCUGGCAGCUGGAGAAAAAGUGCUAAGCUUGCCCUGGGCUGAGCUGGUGUAUCCUCAGUUUGUGCACAAAGAUGGAUUUAUUGUGGGGCAGCACUGCCCUACGGAUUUGACUCCCGAGAUCCUGGGGGCAAGGAGUCCUGGUGACGGACGUCAUUCUGGCGGAGAGAACCGGGAAUCUGAGGGGGAGUACGUUCACCUCUUGGAGGUCAGUCCCACCUUGCAUCAAGCACCCAGAAUCCCACAACCUUGCACUGCCCAGAUUCAGACAAUGCCUGCUCGCAAGGGACAUAGCAAAAAUAGGAACCGGCGCCACCGAGCCUGGCUCCAUCAUAAGUCCGGCUGCGGGGAGAACUUUGCUUUGCGACAGGCUUGCAAAACUGAGGAGGCAGAGAAGUCUAGUCAAGAGAAGGGAAACCAGGAUGAGAAGGUAGCUCAGCUAAGAUCAAAUCCUAGCCCAGCUUUGGACCCAGUCUUAGAAAGUCCCGGAUCAGUUGGGAACUUGAAUCUUAAACAACUGGAGGAAAACUUAGAUCCCCUCGAAACAAAACCAUCACCCAUUCUGAGCAGUAGUGAUGCUGUUGCUGAAGACACAGUCCUGGGGAAAGAAGAAUUUCUUGAAUCCGUUUACCGAGAUCCAACUCCUCCUAAGGAAGAGAGCAAGGAAAGCCUGUCUCCAGCUUUAGCAACUCCAAAACGUACCACCAAGGGAAACCGGAGGAAAAAGAAAGGUGCUGGGAAAGGAGCUGGUGGUCGAGUUAAACAAGGGUCAGAUUCUGCUAACCAAGAAACAGAAAGUUCUGAUCUUAAAACAGGUGCUGAAAAGGAGGAGGCCUUUACUGGUCCAGGAGAACAGGAUUCUGGGACCGUUUAUGUUAGUACCAGAGAUCCAGACAGCAUCAAAGUAUCCUGUGUUGAUAUCACAGAAUGCGAUGAUGCCCCAGAGUGCGAUGACACCCAAGAGAAAGGUAGCACUGCAGGAAACCAAAGCUUUGAAACUGGAGUUGAAGGAGCCAACAAUGCUGACUUGGCUGUCAGCAUUGGAGACUGUAUUGCUAGUGCUACAGAGCCAGAAGACAGCAAAGGAAAAUGUACCAUUGGUGACAAUGAAGGCAGCUCUGGAGAAGGAAACACAGAAGACCCAAAACUUAAUACUGAAGAGCCAAAUGCUAAACCCAAGACUAGUGAACCAAGAAUUGAUACUGAGGAGGUGAGCGUCCAAGAAAAAGAAGUGGAGAUUUCUGAAGACCAGUGUAUGGUGGAACAGCGUCUCGACAGCAAAGAACCAGGGCUUACUGACUUGCCCAGUAAGAAUGAAUUAGCAAGUGUUGAUGGGAAAGAAGAGACCGUAGACAUAGCAGCUGAUCAGGGUCCUGGGGAAAUACAAAAUUCCCUUUUACCCACAGUGGCUCGUCUUGGGGAAUCUGUAAACUGGAAUCUUCUUCAAUCAGGAGUUUUUGCUCUGACAGGAGGAAUAGACAAGGCUGGCCAUUCCUUGCUAACCAUAGUGCCCCAGCCUCUUCAGGAUGAGUUGCCUCCAGGACAAGAGGAUCUGGUUAAUACCUUAAGAUACAUGCACUCACUUCUCAGGCAAGAACUAAAGAUUCUUGGGCUGACAGUGCUGUUGGACUUAAGCCAUGUGGAUGACUGGGCCUUCCAGGCCCCCGUAUUGCUGCCAGCUUUAAGAGCAUUCCAGGAGACUACACCAACUCCCAUCAGUCAGCUGUUGGUGAUAUUACCAUCUGAUGAUCGUUUUGUACCGCAUGAAGAAGAAUUGACCCUAGAACCUGCUGUGGAAAUCCGGCUUCUUUUGCUGCAUGAACUUCCACAUUAUGUGGCCUUGGAUCAGUUGACACCAGCGCUAGGUGGGACUCUGAGCUACUCGCCACCCAAAUGGGUUAGAGAACAUCAGGCUCUUGAACAACUACAAGAUCUCUGCUGUGGUGUUCUCCAGACUGUGUGUGAAGCCAGUGACCACCUCAACGCAGUGGGAACAGCAUCAAGUCAGGAGGAACUGUCAACUCAAAUCGCCUUGCACCAGGACACUAUGCAGAAAUUGCUUUCAGAGCCUCGUUUACUGGAGCUCCAGCGCCGGGGGGGCUCCUUGCUGGCACGGCUACCUCCAUCGGGACCUUGCAGUAAUCAAGCUGUGGAUGCCACAAGGCUCUAUCAAGAGGUAGAUGAAGCCCUUCAUGGACUUGUCCAACUCAGCAACCGGUGUCUUGAGUUAUUGCAGCAGGAGAAAAAAAACCUACAGGUUCAGCAGGAAGGCAAAACAUGCCUUCUGUCUAGUGACAGCAGUGUAGAAAAGAAGAGAGGGGGUCAGAGACCAGCUGAGGGACUAGCUGAAGGAACAUCCUUGGAGAAAAAACUGUUACAAUACCCUAGAUCUUCAGGGAAGUCACAGGUCACGCCCAAAGACAGUUCUGUUCCCCGAGCCCGUGCAUGCAGCAUCAGUGCUUCUUCUUCACCUAAGCAUGGCUUGUUGCUUGGGGCCAAGUUUGGUUCCUCUUGUAGUUUAACUUCUCUCUUCCAGCCACUUACUAGCCCCAAGGGCUCCCCACGUUGUUCUCCUGGCCGAAGCAAUGCCCUAGACAGCAGGAAGAAAAGCCAGGGUCCUCUCAGCACUUCUAAAACACCUGCAUCUCCAGCUAAUAACCUGGCAUUACGAGCCUUGAGUGAUCCAGGUCGCCCUAGCGUGCAUAUACGUGGUCUGGAAGUAAGCAGCCGGGAACUGGCAGACAGGAGCUGUUCUCCCCGUGAACAUGUGUUGUUGGGACGCAGCAGAACUCAUGUUGCUGAAGCACCAUGGGGGGCCACACCUCGCAUGGAAAGAAGGCGUUGCCUUGGGGUCCAACAACAGCUUUUGGUUGAGCUUCUGGAGUGCGAGCGGGAAUAUGUGGGUGCCCUUACCCAGCCCUUCUCUCUGUCUCAGGAGCUCGGGGGACAUGCUUGGACAGCUGAGUUAAGAUGCCUGGGCAGUGCUCUCCGGGCCACACGGGACCGGCUGCUGGCCUUCCAUUCCAGCUGCCUCCUGAGCGAGUUGGAGGGAUGCAUGAGCCACCCGUCACGCGCUGGCAGCUGCUUCCUGCGCCAUAGAGAAGAGCUGCAACUGUAUGCAAUCUAUGCCAAAGAUCACCACAAGUUCCACGCUGCCCUGGCUUUGCUUCGGAGCACUGGCAAGAAAGGUCUGAUGGAGCCACGUGAGGAUGGACAGAUAGCACACACUUUGCAGGUGCCUCUGGAGCAAUUGGAGCGGUACCGGCGCUUCCUAGGUGAACUUCUACAUGAAUGUGAGCUCGAGCAGGGGCCUGACCGCCAAACCCUACAGGAGGCCCAGCAACUGCUGGAGUCACAGGAGCAGCGAGGCAGAGACCUGCUGGCCAUAGAGCAGAUCCGAGGCUGCGAGAUGAGACUGUCAGAACAAGGGACAUUGCUUCAGCGUGGUGAACUCAUUCUGUUGUCCGGACGCCGUAAAUGCCAGCGGCAUGUUUUCCUAUUUGAACAGUUGCUACUCUUUACCAAAUGCAAAGGAGCUGAGGGUGGCUAUGUCUGCAAACAGGCCUUGCAGACUGCUUCCAUGGGAUUGACAGAGAGUGUUGGUUCUAGUGGGUUACGUUUUGAGCUUUGGUUCGGAAGGGGAUCAUCCCGACAGGCCUAUACAUUGCAAGCGGCCUCUGCUGAAGUCAAGCAUCAGUGGACAAAUAUUAUAGCCCAACUCCUCUGGAGACAAGCUGCCCAGCCAAGUGUCUCAAUGAGCUUGUCCUCCUGCCCUUCUCAGCGCUUAGCUCCUCUGGGCCUUGGCCCUGGUCCCCCUCCUGGUUUAUCACUCCCUGGCCACUUUGAGGAAGAGGAAUGGGACUUAGAUGUCAAGCCCAUCCCGAGAGCUCACACCUCUGGGUCAGAGGGAACCUCCCCAAGCCACCAUGAACCACUUAGGCAGGGGAGAAGUUCACUGCCUGGCAGCAGCUCUGCUUUAGGACAACAUCAGUCGCGUUGGGUGUGGAGCCUGCAUCGGAAACUCUUCUCUCCAGGAAGCCAUGGACGGCAAGAUUCAGUUCCUAGGGAUUCUGGGAACAGGACAGUUUGAGAUCAUUGCAGCAACUUGGGGAUUGGGACACAAAUGGAUGGUCAUAUUCAACAAUAUUGUGACUUGCUCCUACGCAUUUCCUGAUGGCUCUUCAACCACUCCACAGAAGCAUCUAGAUCGGUCAUAUUCCACGGUGGGAUUUCCAUGUCCUGCCUGAUUACUACUCAUUGAGUGCCUUUUCUGCCAUUUUCUUGGAUUGUGAAGCUCAACUAGGAAACUUCCAGGUUCACCCAAAUUAAAAGUUGCUGGGAAAGAGGGAACUUGGUGGGUUGAAUCAUCUUCUAUUGAGGAUCAAAUAUGGUAAUACCCAGUGUAUAUGAAUCUGUGCAUUUAUUGGUUACCCUAUCUCCAGUCUUAACCUUUAGUCUUAAAAUUGAUUGGUAUUUUCUCUCUUCACUGGGUGUUGAAAGAAUCUAGGCUGCAGUUGUUAGGCAACUACAGUAUCAAUUUCCUGAACUUUCUCCAAGAUAAUUCUAGAAUAAAAGGAAGAACGAGGGCAUCUGGGCUACAUAGAAGGGUAUGUGAUUGCCGUAUAAAAAAACUAUUCCCUUCUAAAAUAGGAUCAGUUAUCUUUAGGUGAGUUUCUCAAGAUAAGAAGAGUAAUAACAGUAUAAGAAUGAUGUACAGUAUGCACAAUGCCAUAGAUUCUCUCAAGAUAACAAUUUCUCUGGGAUUGUGCCACUUUAGAAUGCAAAGAAGGUGCUUGUCAAUUUGUAUUGGGAUUUUGAGUUUUUUGUUUUGCAUCUUAUUUUGUAGAGUAAUCAGCAUGGCAAGGAGAGUUAAAAUAUGUUAGAUAUCUAUUUUAUGUUUGUUAAUACUUCUAUGCAGGGAGUUUUGAUGAAGAGCUCUUGGUUAAACUAUACCCCUAUAUUCUUGCAGUUUGAAGAAACAUGAGAAUCAUUGUUUCAUGAUUACCCCGAGCUUAAGGAAGAGAUCCUUGAACUGCAAACAUACAUCUUCAAUUUUCAAAAUUAUUUUUGAGAUGAUUAAAUAAUAUAACCAACAUGGCUUGUUUAAGGAACAAGAUUUGUACAAAACCAAUUUCCAUGUGAAAAUCUAUUGCAGUGUGAGUGAAAAUAUCAAAGACUGGGGAAGAGGGAUGGUUGCUUUUCCCUGUAGCAUAAAGUUGACUUGUUUGGUUUUUUUAUAUGCAGUUUACUAUAAUUCUGAUUGGGGGAAGUAAUCUAUAAAGAAGUAAAAAUGGUGCUAUAUUUAGAAUUGAACAAGAGUUUCUAAUUUUUGAACGGGGGGAAGCAAUGUGACUGUACUACUGGAUACAGAUUUUUUUUAAUUUGGUAAGUUGAGUUAUUUGGCAUCUGUCCCUUUUUUAUAUAUCCUCUAGGAAUUUAAUAUAGGACUUUAUUUUUUUGCCCACAUAGAAAAAGUGAUAAAAAUCACUGAGGUAAAUCCAUAUUAAGAUACUUGCACUUCAUG